AUGUCUCGCGGUUCACCUCCAUCCUGCCCAACGUUUGACCCGCAGCAGCUCAACCUCCCCGAUGCAGUGCCGGUGGGAUCCGGCGCCAUCUCGCAAGUGGUGCACAGCAAGCUGAACUUUCCCCCUUAUACCAGCAUAGCCGUAAAGAUUGUUUCGAAGGUACAACUCCUUCAGCAGAACAAAAUCAACAUUGCAAUGAAUGAGAAACGAGCUCUUUUAGAGAUGGGGCCACAUCCUUUCGUUGUGCGCCUCCUCGGGACGGCGCAGUCAACAGACGAGUUGUACUUUGUCAUGGAGUACCUUCCCAAUGGGGAUCUUCUCGAGCACAUCCGAACCUGUCUCUCGCGCCAUACAUUUGUGGCACGCACUGCAGAAGACACAUUGGAUGAUGUUUCACGAAGGAGAUUAUCGUUGAAGGAUACCACAUUUUGUUGUUUGGAUUUCCAUGAUAUUCAACUCAUUACGGCGCAACUCGUCGUGGGUCUUUCACACGCUUACAGUAAGGGCAUUGUUCUUCGCGAUCUCAAACCAGAAAACAUUGUAUUCGACCACAAGUAUCGUGCAUGCUUAGUGGACUUUGAUACUGUGGAUUUGGAGGGAACGUUGCAUCCCCCCAAAGCACUCAGCAAUGAUGAAUUGCCUGGGAGUGUUACAUCUAAUAAUAAGGUUGAACCAAAGCGUCAUCUUACCGUGUCUGCUAUUCAAGAUAUGCGAAAAAUGUCUGCCAAUUUUUGCGGUACAGCACAAUUUGUGUCACCCGAAAUGCUUGCACGAUGUCAGUGGAGUUACAGUAGUGAUCUAUGGGCUUUGGGCACAAUUGUGUAUGAAAUGCUUUACGGCGUACACAUGUUUUCUGGAUGUAACCCAUAUAUGGUGAUGAAGAAGGUCCUAGGUGGCAUUCACUCUGGGAAGAUCCGCUUUCCAAGGGUGAAUCUAGGGCCGGAGUCUGAUGCCUUUGAGCGCGUCAACGAUUUUAUCUGUAGGCUUUGUUGCAUAAAUCCCUUGGAGCGGCUGGGUGUCAACCCAGUCACCGGGAAGUUUGAUGAAGAGGCAAUUAGAAAACAUCCUUUUUUUGGAGACUUCUCCUGGAGCUUACUAGAUGAGCAGGUGCAGAAAUACCGCCCCCCUGUAGUUUUUACAUCUCCAUCCGACACAGGGUUGCCACGGACACCAGCUGCGCUAGGUCCACUGCACCCACAAUUGCUUGAUGAUGGUACAGUCUCUCUAAAAUCACACUAUCAUGUUGUUCCAUUCCACAGCAAUGAGUAUGCAAAGUACGUAUUUGAGGCCACUGCCGACGCGAACCCGUUUGAGCGAUGGGCACAGGCGACAAUGGGGAAUUCAUGCGCUACCAUGGACGAGGAGCUAUCUCAGGACAAUAUAGAUUUUUCAGGUGAGGUUGAUGGUGGAACCGCUGGUGACGAUGGUGAGGACACGGACGAGUAUUCCGACGUUGUAGAUGACGUUGGGGUACGCUUCUUUGGUCCGACCCACCCGGACUUUGCGGACACCUCAUAG